AUGGCUGGGACUAAGAGGCUCUCCAAGGAGCUCAAUGAAAUCCACAGCAAUGAGCAGAAGCAUUUCCGCAUCGUUCAAGUCGAUGACGAGAACAUCUCCACCUGGCAAGCGCUCAUAGUUCCUGACCGUGCUCCAUAUGACAAAGGAGCAUUCAGGAUCGAGAUCAUCUUCCCUGACGAGUAUCCCUUUAAGCCUCCCAAGGUCACCUUCAAGACAAAAAUCUACCAUCCCAACAUCGAUGAGAGAGGUCAGGUGUGCCUGCCCAUCAUCAGCGCGGAUAACUGGAAGCCAGCCACGAGAACCUUGCAGGUGAUUCAGUGUCUCAUUACUCUGGUGAACAAUCCUGAGCCCGAGCAUCCGCUGAGGGCAGACCUGGCGGAGGAAUACACAAAAGACUGCGAAAAGUUCAUGAAGAAUGCCGAGGAGUACACGAGGAAAUACGGUGAAAAGAGACCCGUGUACUGACACUGACACUCUGCAAGAGAUGAGGUGUCACCAUGGCGGGUAAAAUGUUUGUAAUCAUGUUGUUUUCAAAAGUGCAUCAUUAUACAACACCUAAUGCUGCUGUUUAUAUCUCUUGUUUCCAUUUUUCAAAAUAGAUUCGUAAUAAUAGAUUCAACUAUUAUUACGAAUUCAUACAAAUUCAUUCCACUUUAAGUGACUUUUAAAUGACUUGUCAGCGAUCUUUGGGGGGAGGAAAGUCAUGUUGGCCCUCUGCUAGUCUAUAGCUUCUGCUGGACAUGUGUGCAGGUUGGAAGCAACCUGACGCUCGCUGUAUACUCCUCCUAUCAAU